UUACCUAUCUACAAAAUGAACAUUUUUUAAUAUAAUCAAUACGAGUGUAAUUUACAAAUUAUUUUGAUGUUAUUGAGAUUAUGAGGUCAGAAAAUAACGAUAAGAAAAAUUCAACAUCAUAAACUUAACAUGACAAAAACAACGAAUAAUGAAUAUAAAAUUAAAAAAUCUUCAGAUAUACCAAAUGAUUCAUCUUGGCAAAAACCAAAUUUGAAAGGAGAUUGGUGUAAUAUUUUUUUAUUGGUAUUACUUUACACUAUCCAAGGAAUACCUUGUGGUUUUUCAGCGGGCUUACCAAUAAUUUUACAAAGUAAAUAUAUGGUAACUUAUGACGAUCAAGGUUCCUAUAGUUUUGUUAUGUGGCCAUAUACAAUAAAAUUAUUAUGGGCUCCAAUUGUCGAUUCAUUCUACAUACGGCGAAUAGGCCAACGAAAAUCUUGGUUUAUACCUGUUCAAUAUUUAAUAGGUGCGUUGUUACUAUACUUUGCUAGUAACAUGGAUGAAUGGUUACCUGAAUCAGGAAAACCGAACCUUAAGAUAAUUGUAUAUUUGUUGUUUAUCAUAAACUUGUUGAAUACUACUCAAGAUAUAAUUGUUGACAGCUGGGCAUUGACUAUGUUGAAAAAAAAUAACGUUAGUUAUGCAUCCACUUGCAAUUUCAUAGGUUUGUUUUUGGGUAUGUUAAUUGGAUCUUCUAGCCCAAUUCUUCUUUCAUCUGAGGAAUUUUGUAAUAAAUAUUUACGACUCACGCCUGGUUCAGGAGGAAUAAUCACUAUCAAAAAUAUAAUUCUUCUUUGGAGUGUUGUGAUUUUAAUUAUUGCAACUUUCGUUACCAUAUUUAAAAAAGAAAAGGAUAUUAAGUUAGAAUACGCAAAGAACAAUAUUUUUCAAAAUUAUAAAUUAAUAUGGAAUAUAUUAAAGCAUUCUAGCAUGAGCGUAUUUUCAAUGACUUUUCUAACAUCCGGGAUUGGAAAUUGCGUAAUGGAUUCAAUUGCACAUUUGAAAUUAAUUGACGCCGGUGUUUCUAAAGAAGACAUUAUGUUACUCACUACUGCCAUGUCUGUUUUAAAAAUAAUUAUACCUAUUCCGGUGUCAAAGUAUACUGGGGGUCCGAAACAGCUCAGUUUAAUUAUGAAAUGUACGCCAAUAAGAUUAUUUUGGAACAUACCAUAUGCUUUGUUGAUUUAUUUUACGCCUUUUUUAAUAAAAAAUAAUGGAGUUGUGAAUAUUCCAGUUUAUUAUUAUUUAAUUUUGGGUUUUAUAUUUAUAAUAAAUGAGCUGCUUUCCGACACCAUACAUCUUUCGUAUUCCGCCUUCUGCAUUAAGAUUAGUGAUCCUCGAUUUGGAGGCACUUACUUAACGUUAUUCAGUACUGUUCGAACUUUAUCAUGGAUACUACCAAAUACUGUAGUUUUAAAAAUGAUUGGUAUUUUAACAUUCAAGAAGUGUUCAAACAUAUGUUCUAAGACAGAUUUUCCAAAUAUUUGUAAUACUACAGAACAAAGCUAUAACUGUGUGACAAUUGUGGAUGGUUACUAUGUCGAAGCAGCUAUUUGUAUGGUGAUUGGAUUUGUUUGGUAUGGUAUCUUUAAACGCAUUUACAAAAAUCUUGAAUUAAAAAAUCGUUCACAUUGGAUUGUCGAUGUGAAUAAACCACCUAUUUCAGAAGAUAUUUAAAUUUUGCUGUCACUUAUCAUCGAUCCAAUAAAAGUAUAAUUAUUACUACUAAAAUUAUGUUCUAAAAUGGUAUUAAUUAUUAAAUAGUUAUUUUGUAUUUUACAAAUAUGUUGUUUUAUUAUGUAUAGUAGAUUUUGAAGAAACUUACUUUGUUUUUUUUUUUGUUUAUACUUUGAAAUUAUAUCAUUUUGACAUAUCAGAAUAAUGUCAAUAAAUAAGGUAUUUUUCUGGUAUUUUGGUACCAAAUAUGAUACUUGACAGUUGUAUAAUAAUUAAAGUAUAUACCUAAUUUGGUUACCUAUAUAACUUCUAGAUAAAAAUAUUUAAUAAAUGUAUAGGUUCUACAAUCA